AUGGCUCUCGUCAACGUUCGUCGCGAUGUCAGCGAUGCUUUCUAUCGUUACAAGAUGGAACGUCUGCAGACCAAGAUUGAAGGUAAAGGAAACGGUAUCAAGACCGUCGUCGUCAACCUGAGCAGCGUUGCUGCCUCUCUUGCCCGUCCUGGUUCUUAUGUCAUUAAGUACUUUGGUUUCGAGCUUGGUGCUCAGACCAACAUUGACCCCAAAGACGAUCGUUGGAUUAUCAACGGUGCUCAUGAUGCCCCUAAGCUUCAGGACCACCUCGAUGGGUUCAUCAACAAGUUCGUCCUCUGCAAGAAAUGCAAGAACCCUGAGACCGAUGUUGUCAUCAAGGAUGAUCGUAUCCUGCUUGAUUGCAAGGCCUGCGGUCAGCGCACCGAUGUCGACAUCCGCCUCAAGCUUAGUGGCUUUAUCCUCAAGAACCAGCCCAAGAAGGGCAAGAAGGACAAGGCCGAACGCAGGGCUGCCAAGAAGGCUCGACAGAACGGCAAUGCUGCCAACGGCACCAAUGGUCAGAAUGGUGCUGGCAGUGAUGAGGCAUCUGAGAACGGCUCAAACGAGAACGGUGACGAGGACGUUGGCAGUGACGACGAGUUCCAAAAGGUCGCGGCAGAGGCCGCUGAAGCCGCUCAGGAGAACGAAGUCAAGGAGCAUGAAUGGGCUGUUGACAUGAGCGAGGAAGCAGUCAAGGCCCGUCAGGCCUCUCUCCCUGGCGAGUUCAAGCAGAAGCUCAAUAUUGGUGACGAUGAUGACGAAGAAGGCGAGGGUGGCCCCACCAUCUAUGAUGAGCUUGGUGACUGGAUUCAGUCCCAGGCUGAGGAGAAGGGCAGCGUUGACAAGGUCGAAUCCAUCGACAUCUAUGUCAAGGCCAAGGAGCUUGGGAUUGAAGGCAAGCAUCGUAGUGUUCUUGUUCUUGUCCAAACCAUCUUUGAUAAGAACAUCGUUGCCCAAAUUCCCAAGCGUGCUAGCAUGCUCAAGCAGUUUGUUACCUCUGAGCGUCACGAAAAGGCUCUGCUCGGUGGAACCGAACGUCUUGUCGGUACUCUGGCUGCUGACCACCCCGAGAUGUUCCAGUCCAUCGUCAAGAUUCUCCAGCUCUACUACCACUAUGACCUGAUCAGCGAGGAGGUUGUGACCAAGUGGGGAUCCAAGGCUAGCAAGAAGUACACUGACAUUUCCACCUCCAAGAAGGUUCGCAAGGCUGCUGAGCCUUUCUUGACCUGGCUUGCCGAGGCUGAUUCGGAGGAGUCUUCUGACGAGGAGUAA